ACAAACACAACGAUUGUAUAUUACAGUAGCACGGCGAAAACAUUAGAAAGAUAUAGAGUUGAUAGUUAAAUAUGUUACUAUAGCCAUUUAGCUUCAAUAAUGGUAUUUAUUUCACUUUUGCUCCUUAUUAACCGCGGCGGCCUCUUGAACGCACGGGGUCUGCCUACCACCGUGCUGCCUUGAACGGCUUCGUGCUAAGCUAGUCAGCGACCGAUACAUACAUCCAUAUCUCUAAGCAUCAGCUUAUAAAUAUAUAAUUUUUUUGCUGUACAUUUUGCUGUCACAUUUUUAUAUCAAGUAUGGCUCAUAACAGUGGUGCGGAAGACGCGGAUGAAGGGAGCAGUUGCUCGUGGAAACUGCGCUCGAGCUUUGGCCUGAGGAGCGGCUCGUGCUCCAGCGAGAGACACGAGCAACACCGCGCAGUGAAAGCAAUUCUGAUGGAGCAGUUAGGACCGCACGAGCGCCUGCUCACCUAUAUGCAGUCUGUUUUGGUGUGGGAGAGACCUUUCCAUAGUGUAUUCCUCUACACGGCCGUCAACGUCAUUUUCUGGUUUUUUGCUCUGAGCACUUUGAGGUUGCUCUUUCUGCUGGCAUCAGGUCUGGCCCUCGCUGUUUGUGUUGACACUUGGAGAAUUAAUAUCUGGCCCAAGAUCAAAGUUAAAAAACAAGAGGAGAGGGAGAAUGAAAGCUGGGGGCUGGUGCAGCCUGGCACUUUGAGUGUGCCUGAAUUAUGCCACCACAUUGCAGAAGUGUGGAUCACUGGGUCUUCCUGUGCAGCAGACACUGUGCAGUUGAAACAGCAAAAUCCAGGGAAGUUUUGUAUUCUGGUUUGUGGCCUGUUCACCUUACUGGCCAUGGUGGGGUGCUACAUCCCUGGAUUGGUGCUCUCAUACAUGAUUUUGUUGGGUGUAUUGCUUUGCCCAUUGGUAUUGUAUUAUCGGUUGUGGCAGCGUGCGUGUUUGAAGUUGGAGCCAGCCCUGCAGUGGCUGGACUUCAGUGUCAAAGGAUACAUGAUGUCAAAGCCCAUAGAAAACCAGUUUCUCCGUAAGUCCAUCAGAAGUGGGACCUUGGAUGAAGGCAGCGACAGUGAGGAAGAGCUGGCUGCUUUCUGCCCAGUGUUUGAUGAAGCAACUGUUGCUAAGGAAUUGGCAAUGACUGACUCCGAGCAUUCAGAUGUAGAGGUUUCAUACAUGGAUAACGGCACCUUUAACUUCUCCAGGGGUCAAACCCCCCUCACUGAGGGCUCAGAGGAUCUGGAUAGACAUAGUGAUCCAGAGGAAUCAUUUGCCUGUGGGCUUCCAGACUUCCCCUCCAUCAACCCAGACGCCACCCUGAUGGAGGACGAUGAUGAUGCCAGCAUCGGGCUUCCCAGUCUGAACUCAGCCACCCUCUCCGGCCCUCGUGGUUCUACCUCUGCCCUGCUGGACCUGGACACCCAGAUGGAGUCUGAUCAAGAAGACUUCGACCUUGAGCUGUCCCUGGGCUCCUUAAAUACUACCUCUGACCUCACUAGUAGCCUGGCAGGGGUCAUUGCCAGCAACAUGAUCCAAGUUGCAAUAGCUGGCGCCAUGCAGCCUCGCCCACCCCAAGGUCCUCGGAGAGAGAGCGGCCAAAGGGCAGGACCUCCGAGGGGAUACAGAAAGCAGUUGAGCUCGGAGCUGGACACAGACCUGGACUUAGAUGGAGAGGAUUUUGAGAUGUUGGAUCAGUCGGAGCUAAACCAGUUGGAUCCGUUUGGAGGGGCGGGUGCUAGAGGAGGGGGUCAGGGUGUCCAGAACAGAACCCAGGGAUCCAGUUUCCUGUCCAACUUGAUGGGGAAACCACAGUGAGCCAUGUUUGUUUGUGUGUGUGCGUGAUACACACCAACUAAACGUAUUCUUUGUCUAUUUUCACCUCGUAUAUCUACUUGUCCCGCACACCAUGAUCUGUGUAGAAAUUUGCAGUGUUUGAUUGAAUGUCUACAGAAAUGCUUUAGAUUUUUCAUUUGUUUGAUUAUGUAAGGCAAAAAGAGUGUAUUUGUUAUGUACUGUUAAUGUAAUAUUAAGUCGAAAGUACUUAAGUGCUUACAUUUUUCGUUUGCUGCUGCAUCUCAGGCACAGUGCACAUGAUAACAAUUUUGUCAUUAGCAGUGUGCAUUUUGUCUGCACAUAUGUAUGGAAUUGACUGCACUGAAGAUCAUAGUGCAUGUGUCAAACUAAUUUUUAUGUGCUCACGGUCAAAGAGAUGUAAUUCCAGGAGAAAAAACAAAGUAUAUCCUAGGCUUUAGGUUACACUUGCCAGGAUUCCUCCACUGGCUGCAGUUGAUAUCACUGUGAAGUAAUCAUGUCUUGUCUUGGUUUAUACUCCGUGAGCUUCCAUGUCCUCUCAUUUGUUUGUGUGUGAUUUAUGGAUGUGAGUGAGACUUGAAUGCAAAAGACUGCAAUGCAAAAGAAUGCAAAAGACAAAAGAUUUAUUUUGUAGGCUAAGCAAUAGAAAAACUAUUAUAGACACAUUACAAUGAUCAGAAAUCUCUAACUUCUUAAAACCAGCAAAACAAACACCUGACUUUAUAAACACAUCCCAAACUAAAUGAAUCUAGUCUUAUAGAUCUUUGGUAUCUGAAGCUUUUGUGUUUUUGUGUCUUGGAUCAUUAACAUAUCAAGGGACCAAAUCAGUCAUUCCACCAUAGAUGCUGGUCUGGAUUAUAAAUGCUUAAAAAAAUCAAGUCACUAAAAGAAAGACUGUAAGAUAUAUGGUCAAGACAUUGCAGAGCAAGGUAGUCUGCUAAAGUAAUAGUGACAUAUUAAGGCCAUAGCCUGAUCUCAGUAAGACUGUUAUUUAUUAUUCAGACUUAUAGUUGUGAGCUUUUGUUACAGUCACUGGUCAGAAUUUUUAAAUGCUAAUUCUUCUAAUUUGUCAUCUGUUUUAUCUAAUGGCAGUGAAAUGCAAAUUCCAUUAAUUUUGGAAUUAUAUAGAGUAUAAAUACUGAAUAUAUAUAUACAUACACACACACCAGUCAAAAGUUUUGAAACACUUAUUCUUAAUUAUAAUUUUUCACAUUUUAGAAUAAUAGUAAAUUUAUCAAAACUAUGGAAUAACAUAGAUGGAACUAUGGGAAUUAUGUUGUGACUAAACAAAAUCCCAAAUAAAUCAAAACUGUGUUAUAUUUUAGCAUCUUCAAAGUAGUCACCCUUUGCCUAGAAUAUGCAGAAACAUACUCUUGACAUUUUCUCAAACAACUUGAGGUAUCACCCUGUGAUGAUUUUUAAACAGUAUUGAAUGAGUUCCCAUCUAUGUUGGGCACUUAUUGGCUGCUUUUCUUUAUUAUUUGGCCCAAGUCAUCAAUUUCAAAAACUUUUUUUGUAUUCAGUUUUAGUUUUAUAAUGAAAUAAAUUAAUAUGGUGGCACAAUUAGUUUUUGUCUACAAAACUAAUUUCAAACAUUUAAGCACCCGACGCCUUCAGAUCAAAAGAUUUUUAAGAUAAUUUCAAGCAUUUCAGUUGUGUUUCAAAACUUUUGACCAGUAUUGUGUGUGUGUGUAUAUGUGUGUGUGUGUGUGUGUGUGUGUGUGUGUGUAUAUAUAUAUAUAUAUAUAUAUAUAUAUAUAUAUAUAUAUAUAUAUAUAUAUAUAUAUAAACUUUGAAAUGUUAAGCUCAAUGUGAUUUCAAAACAUUUACAUAAAGUCAAGAACUCUCCUAGUUUUAUAUAUCAGACAUUAGGCUCACUUCAACAAAGAAUAUUCACUCACUACAGUUCAAAAUGUAACAACAGGUGUAUUUCUUAACCAGGAUAACUGUACAGCAUACUGUUUUUCAAAUCCAAUUGUUCUUCAGUGUUUUUGUUUAUGAGAGGGAAAAAAAAAGACCAUGCUUGCCAGCCUAUCUAUCAUGAUCAUUUUAGCAGGAUAAAUUGAUUUAGUUUUUAAUGAUUAUACCUCAAACAAGCCAUUUGGCUGGAACUGCCCGUGAACACAGCCUCCUUUAACCAUUUUGAUUUUAUACAGAAACUUUUAUACAGGCAGAAGCUGGAAAACUGAAAAUCUCUGCUGUCAAAAUCUUGCAUGGAGAUCUGGUAUGAGAUUUACAGUUUAACUAUCUAGAAAUCUGUUCUAAUGCACAAAGAAAUAAAAACUCUUUACAUUUCUUCCUCACUGAGAUUAUGAGUUUUGUGGUGUGAAAAAAUUAUUAGUUGGAAUUGCAAUUUUAUUUUGCUGCGUCACUGUGUCUUUAGUAGAUUCUAAACCUUUUUAGUUUACACUUUGGACUAUUAGUCCAGACUAUAAGUCCAAUUAGUGUACACCUUUUCUAUCUCUGACCCAGUGCUGAUGAUAAUUUUCAUUGCUGGCCUUGAGUUUGUUUUUUUGUUUUUUAAGCUGGAAAUUUGGAAACUUAUUGGGGGAGAACUAUAGGCUAGUGCACCAAUAAAAAUAUGUUCUGUUACCAUAAAUCAUUUCUAUUUUCCUCCAUUGAAAAUGCAAGGAAUGCAAGUCUCUUAUUUGGUUUUAUCUUUAUAAGACAGAAAGCAUUUUUAACUUAAAAUAAUGGAGCAGCCAGGAAACAUGAGGUGUUUUAUCUCUCUAAUCAGCAGUGAUGCUGAGAAUUGUUGUAUUCAGUCUGUCAAUUCAUGUUGUGAAUUACAUCUCAAACCCAAGUCUUAAUUUAUCCAUCCAACUUGAGUCAGGUUAGAACAGUGCAGUGCAGCUUAUUAGCGUGAUUCUUUUGCUACUUUGCUGUGAUAUUACACAACUCUUAAAAUUUUCUUUCUGUAUUUUUUUAUUUAUUUUUUUUUUGCUUGUUUGGAAGCCCUAAGAUUUGAAUUGCUGAUUAUUUGUUUGGAUUUCUGUGAUACAAAGGUUUUUUUUUUUUUUUUUUUUUUAGGUAUUUCAUUUUAUCCACAAAUAAAAUAUAAUUGAGUUUAGAGACUUUGAAUGUCCCCCUUUUACUUUCAUGCUUUUUAUUUAGCGUUGUUAUUAAUACUUUAUUGUUCAUACGAUACUCUUUUGUUCUGUUGAGUUGAUAAUGGCAUUUUAGACAUUUGUCCAAACACAUGUUAUUUUAAUGAUACUGGAUUGAUCAUAAAUUGUCCAUCCAUCUUUUGGGGGAAAAACACACACAUACACGCAAAAAACAUGAGCAGUAAAUAAGCUUUUUCGUGAGUGUGUCGAUGUGAUUACCAUACAAUUGAAACAUGCUUUGCCUAUUUUAUCCUUUGUCAAUUUAAAGAAGCCUCACCAGCAAUUCAAAUGGGACAAUGAAGUGGUGGUUUUUACAUAGAAAUAAAUUACACCCCGUGUCAUAUAUUGAUUUUGUAUUGAUAUCAGUGAUUUAAAUAUAAAUCAAUUAGCUGUUUGCAAUUUUGAGGCUGAGAAUACAGAAUCACUCAUUUUCUCUCUCUUUGUGUGAAUAUUUUUACAGGAGUUUUUCUAUAGCUGAAUUCUGCAGUGUCAAUGAUUUCUUUCUUUCCUGUCACAAUAGUAUUUUCCUCUUCAAUUCUCACAAUGUUUUUUGUUUUGUUUUUUACUUUUGAU